UAUAGGUGUGUUAACGUAUUUCGUUUCCUAGGUAUUAUGGAUCUAUAAUAGUAAAGUAGAAAAUAAUAGCUAUUUAUGUACCAAGGGGAUUAUGUAGAUUAUAAUGCCCGAAGGCGAAACUAGCCCGAGGGCCUAUGGCCCGAGGGAUAUAUUUCGCCUGAAGGGCAUUAUAAUCUUAAAAUCCCCGUGGUGCAUACAAUGCUUUAUUUUCUACUCAACACAAUGUUUUUUCAUCAAUUUAUUAUUAACAAAAUCAGUCAAACUUGUGUGACAGAAUAUUGUUUCGUAUUUUGACAUGUACCUGUACCUGUGAUCUGUACCUGUACCUGCGACCUGUAGGUACAUAGAAACGAAAUAAAUUAAUAUAUCUAUAAACAUCUCAUAAGGCAAGGCAACGGUGGUGGUCCUGUGAGUUAACGCGCUGGACUACAUGGGAAACGUUGAUGGUAGACCGGGUUCGAAUCCUGGCUAGACCGAAAUUUAUUUUCGGUCAGACAUUUAGUGGCUGCCUAGGAAAGUGCAAAUUAAUAGAACAAGCGGGCGUUAUGGAUCAGGUUGUUAUAGGUGUGUUAACGUAUUUCGUUUCCUAGGUAUUAUGGAUCUAUAAUAGUAAAGUAGAAAAUAAACACCUUAAGGUAUUAUAAGCGGGCGUUAUGGUUCAGGUUGUUAUAGGUGUGUUAACGUAUUUCGUUUCCUAGGUAUUAUGGAUCUUUAAUAGUAAAGUAGAAAAUAAAAUUAUUAAAUUACCCGGUCCUUAACAUAUUCAUUAAAAAUAUGCAAUUUUAAUGGUAAUACAGUAUGAAACCAUUUAUUUCAAUUAAAAUAGUUGGGAUGACGCAUUUCUAAACCUGUUCAAGGAGUACCUAAAAUUUUAAAGCUUUUUCACUAACAACAAAUUAGUAAUAACAUGGUUUAAGAAGAAAGAUAGAACAAGAUUUAUUCGACUUAAUACAGGUUUUGUACUCAGGGAACAAUGUUUUGGAUGGUAAUUGCAUUUUAACAAGCGCAUAACUACCUAUAAAACAAACCUGUUUAAUGGGAUUAUGGGUUUUUUGAAAACACCAAUUUUGUUGGUUUUUCAUUUAAUGUUGUAAGCUAUCGGAACCAGUUGCAGUAACAGGCAGCCACAUAGUUUAAUCAAUUAUUAUUACAUACUUAUUACAGUCUACAGUUAACUUAAUUUGAAACAAAAUGGAUAGAUGCUUGGACGUAAAUAAACUUUACGCGGAAGAUCCGAAGUUGAAAAAAGACGAUGUAGAAGUGCUUAUGAUAUGGUGCCAACAGCAAAGGCAUUUUCCCCAAGUAGCAGAGUUACAAGUGGCACUGGCGUUACACGCCUGCUUCUACAGUGUAGAGCAAGCAAAAAAUUGCUUGGAAAAUUACUUUACCAUACGCACGAUGUGUCCUGAAUUGUUCCAAGGAGGAAAUCCCAGUAAAGAUCCUGCUUUGAGACAAGAAAUGAAUGUAUCGCUUCUAGGCAUUCUACCGAAAAAAACGAAAGAAGGCUACACAGUAAUCCUAACAAAACUGAUUGACACAAAUCCAAAUCUUUACAAUCCUCAAACUGACAGUAAACUGUUUGAUAUGCACGUAAUGAGACACGUUCAUGUAGAAGGCCCCGCUAAUGGUUUUGUUGGAAUUCUGGACAUGAAAGGGGGCGUUUUCGGUCACAUUACCAAACUGAAUUUGAGCGAAUAUAAAAAGUUUUUGGUUUAUUUGCAGACGGCAAUGCCCAUAAGACUUAUGGCAAUACACUUUAUCAACCCAGUACCAUUUAUGGAUAAACUAAUGGCCAUAUUAAAACCCUUUAUCAAUAAGGAAAUGUUUGAAAAGAUUCAUAUUCACUCAAAUAUCAACAAUUUCUAUAAAUAUGUGCCACAGGAAAUUUUGCCAACCGAUUAUGGUGGUAAUGAAGAAAGUGUUGCUAUCCAACAUGAAAUUUAUAAAAAAGCAAUGUUCGAUAAUCAAUGGUUCUUCGACUUCCAAGACACCAUGGUCGUUGACGAGAAAAAACGAAUAGGACCCAGAAAAAAUGCCGACAGUUUAUUUGGAUUCGAUGGGACUUUCAAGAAAUUAACUGUUGAUUGAGAAAUAAUUGUUUAUUA